AUGUACUCUCCAAACCAGCCAAUUUACGUCUACUUCCCGACUGUUCAACUUCAACCGACACCUUGGUUGUUUAUUCCAAAUUCCAGUCAACCAAUUCCGACGCACAUCCAUCAUGUGAACCCUCUUUAUUAUGCCUAUCAAAAUGCUCCAAUUUACGCUUAUCCGAGGGUAUUUUUGCUGGUAAACGGAGCCCCUAUUGGAUAUCCAAAUCAACCAGUUCAAGCCCAGUUUCAUCAGCCAAAUUUAUGGUCAACAUUGGUUGAUAAUCCGCAUACUAGUGGCGACUCAGGUCGGUCAGAGAGUCCAGAAGUCAUUUUGCGAGUACCUCAGAGAAUGCAAAAACCUUCAGCCAGUUGUCAAAGACGUGAAACCGAAUUCCGACCCAUUCAAACCCGGAGUUCUAACCGCCAAUCAGUUUAUCGACAUCAAUGGGUAAGUCGAAUUCAAUAUAUUUCAGAUUUUUUAGAAAAAACAAAGCGAAGAAAAGACAGAACAUGUGCAAACACUUACCCAAAAAUUCUUAAUUUUUUCAUCUUAAUUUUUCAGGCAAACAACUACGAAAUCUCCGAAGAUCAACAAAGGACCCAAAAUCCCACUGCUUAUGUCGACUGCGCAAUUUGUCUUGAGAAGGUGCAAAACGAAAGAGGAUUUUACUGCCGAGGAUGCCAACAAACAAUUGGUUGCCGGCCUUGCAUUACGAAAUGGCUGA